GGAUGAGACGAGAGCUGAGAUGCUGAAUAUCCAGGAGGUGCUGGAUACCCAGGAGAAUCAGCUCAGGGAGCAGACGGCCAAGUACUCCCUCCUCCUAGUGAAGUUGAGGGAGGAGGAGGAGGAGGGGAGGAGGUUAAAGGAGAAGGUGAGGAAAAAGGAUGAGUUGAUAAGAAGAAAGGAGCAGGAUUGGAAGAGGAUGGAGGAUAGUUUAAGAGUUCAAGUUGAUGAGAUGAACUUGACCUUGAAGGAACUUCAGAGCCUGGUUCAGGAGAAAGAGAACAUAAUCAAAGAUAUAAAAAUUGAGGAGAGCACACGAGCAAAAUCUUUAUAUCAAGCGUUGAGCAGCUACGUGACCGAAACCAGCUCCUGUAUUCAACCCAUCCUUGACUCCAGUCAGUCGAGGGAGCCGGAGAGGCAAGAGAUUCCGUCCCAACAUAAACACGUUAAAAUCCCCCAGACAGCCUAUUCCAUGCAUGCAGUGCCCAACGGAAAAGAAACUAACGGAAAAGCAACCAACGGAAAAGCAACCAACGGAAAAGCAACCAACAGAAAAGAAACCAACGAAAAGGAAAUUACAGGAAAAGAAACUACUGGAAAAGAAACCAAUGGAAACGAUCCGAACAUAAUCGAUGAAAUUAACAUCAACGGUCAUCCUAGCCCAGGCUUAACAGAUGAGAAGUCCAGCAGUGAUACUACUACUCUGAGUGAAGAAACUACUGAGAAUGAACCUGGAACAGAAAGUGCUGCUGGAACCAGUCUGAUCAAACAUCCUUCUGAAGAUGCUACCAGAGCUGUCAGUACUGAUCUAGAUCUGGAGAAUGGAAAUCUUAAUCUUGAUAGUGACGGAGUUCACAUCUAGCACUUUUUUAUGGAUUUUUAUGAAAUAUUCUGUUUUAUCGAAGGUUACAAAAGAUUGACCCCUAAUCUAAUCAAAUCAGUUAAUCUAUGAAAAGAAAAAGAAAACCUAAUUAAAAAUUCUCAGAACGCUUUUGAGUAAAAUCAAAUCAAUAAACUAAAAUUAACGAAGUGAAUUAAAUGAUUAUAUAAAGAUUAGAUUUUCCUGAUAAAUUCCACUUAAGAAGACGAUACUAAACGAUUCACAAGAUUAAAACCAAGAAAUCUUUUUUAAAGGAUAUCCAAUCUUCUUUUUGAAAAUCAAAGACCUUUGGCAAUCGUAUUUUGAAGAGAGAUGGUUUGAUAUCCGAUAAAAUUGGCUCAUUUUAGUCUAUUUUCGAUAAAACGUUUAUUUCUAUAGACAUCAUUAAUGACAUUAAAGGUUUUGAUAUUUUUAAUUGUUUCUGAGAAACGCUCAAAUCAGCGAUAACCUCAUUAAAUUAGUUUGUUUUUAAUAAUGUUUUUGGCCCCUUAAACUUUUAUGAUGGGGGGAAAAUUGCGAAAAUUGAAUUUUUUAUCGCAAAAUCCAGUUUUAUAGUAAAAAUGUUUGC